UCGAAGACUUUGUUAUCGUUUUUAUCGUGUUGAAGCGGUACGGAUCUCACGAACGCGUCAUCGGAGCUCGGGGUGUUCCGAGUUCUCAAGAUUGAAAUAUAUCAUAAAUGAAAAGGUGACUGUAAUAGAAACUAUCAGAAUGCAUAGCGGCAGAACUGCAAUCGACACGGAAUUUUUUAGUAAUUGAGCAAAAAAUAGAAGAUAUCAGAUUAAAAUUUACCACAUGCUGGAAAGCACAUUUAGAUGAUUCUGAAGAAAAUGCCAAACUCGGAAAUCAAUAAGCGUGAUCAUAAUUAUAGCGAAUCGGAACCACCUCAGAAUGUCAACAAUUCCGAUAGUAGCAUUAUCAGCAGGGAAUCCAAAAUGGCACCUAUUAUGGGCCAAAUUAAGGAUAUCAAUGAGCUGAAGAAAAUUGCACCACGCGUUCGACUACAAGAUGCCAAGAGUUUGAAUGAGUUGACGAGGAUCUCGUCCUUAAGUAACAACAGCAAUAAAUCACAGCAGAGCAAGUUAUCCAUUUCUGAGAGGACUCAGCAAGAAUUAAAAAAAUAUUGCCGUACUUGUGCUGGUCUAAAAUUACCCUUGGUGGAUAUCUUCAGUGAGAAGGGCAUCAAAUUGCGAUUGAGCCAGCAAAUCAAGCAUUUAGAAGUGAAUCCUUACGAUAGCCUUUCUACUCAGAUGUGCAUGGAUUGCAUCUGUGAUCUUAAAAUGAGUUAUAAAUUCUUCAUGCAGAUCAAAAAGGCCGAGGUAAAACUUAAAUCCAUUCACACCAACUUGACAACCGAUAACGUCGCAAAAAAAACGGAACCGAUUAAUGAGUCUUUGAUAACGAAACAAACAAAGCAAUCAUCCUGUCGAGAAACAAACCAAGAGCGCCAAUCACUUUCCAUAAUCCAAGAAAAUCCAUCUUUAUCAUUAACAAAAGAGCAAGAAAGUCAAACAAUUACAAGAAAUCAAGAAGACAAUUUUGCUCCCAAAAUGUGUGCAAUUUUUUCAUUGCAUAAUGAGCCAAAGAUGAAAGAGGAAGAAGAAGGGGCGCAAAUGACCGGUGGAAUCUUUGAGGAAGUAGCAGAGGGGGAAGACGAAGAAUCGAUCGAGGAAUUUGAUCCCGAAGAUCCGGCUUUCCAGGAAGAUGAAGAAGAAGAAGAAUUUUCAAGGUCUCCAGCUGCUGUUUAUAAGUAUGACAUGUUGGCAAAAUCUUAUGUGAGAGUGGAAGGAGAUGAGGAAAUAGUCUCCAUGAAAUCUGGGAUUUCCCAGACUUCAGAAGGUGAAGGAGAAAAUCAAAAAGAGGGAAUAAGACAACCAAAUAUCCUGAAAAGAAGAUUGUUGAUGUCAACAACCUCAACAAAAAGUUGGGAAAACGAUGAGAUACAAAAUGAGGUGGAAAGUAUUCCAAAGGAGUGCAAGGUGCAAAAGUUAGACCUAAAUAAUCCAUUAAGUGUGAACAAUACUUCACAUGAGGAUGGAAUUAUGUAUGUGACUGUAAAGGGUUCUAAACCAAACGAGAUUUUAUUGGUGAAGGUCAAGAAAAUGGAUAAACCUAUGGAUUUAAAACGUACAGCAUCCUCUACCGAUCUCAAACCUGUUGAGCGUUUUCUCAAACGCUAUGAACCCCUGACAUCGCUAGAUUCUUCAGUUCGACGCCCUGAUGCUCGCGAGCAAAUAAUUGAAGAACAAAUUGAAGAAUAUAAAAAGAAACGAGAGAAAGUUCUCGGCAAUCAAUCAGCAAAAGUUUUUACUUUGAAUGAAAUGCAAAAAGAAGUAGAAGAAGAAAAAAUUUGGGCCAUAUCAAGUCCUAUAAAGAUGGAAAAAGAAAUAAUAGUUUCAAGAAAAGAAGAUGAAGAGAAAGUGAAAGAAGAAGUGGAAGAAAGUGAAAAAGUCAAUGAAAGUGAGGAGAAGAUUAAUGAUAAUAUGAAAGAAGAUAUUUUAAAAUUAUCAAGAGAAAAACUGAAGUUGUGGGAAGAGACAAAGCAGAAAAAAGAAAGUCUGCAGAAUCAGGAACCAGAUGAGACAUAUAUUGAAGGAAAUUUGGAGAAGUUGAUAAGAAUCUUGGGAGAAAAGGAGAAGAAUUUGCAGGAAUUCCAGGAAUAUUUGAAGCAGCGCAAGAUUGUUCUUACUCGUCUUAAGGACGAGGACGUAAUCUCUCUCUAUGAAGAACGUUUUUCUAUCACAUUGAAAUUACCUCCUAAACCUCUACCAGACCUUAUAGAUAUUCAACCAUCUGUUAAUCUGCUUUCAAUAGAACGUGAUCUGGAAUGCGAUUACUGUCCGGAAAUUUUUUCCAACCGUGAUGUUCUUGAAGAACAUCUUAAAAUUCAUGACUAUCGCAUUCUUCAUUAUUGCGACGAUUGCGAGGAAGAAUUUCCAACUAAUAAAGCAAAGAGAAAUCAUAAUGUCAUUUGUGUAAGAAAGUUAAUUUGCAAAUAUUGCGAUCUACUUUUGGAUUCCAGAGGAAAAAAACGUCAGCACGAACAAAAACAUAUUGAUGCUCUUUAUGGCCAACUUUGCGAAGUUUGCGGAGAAAGAUUCAAACAUCAGGGUACUCUGGACCAGCACCUGAAAACACAACAUACGAUUUUAGAAAAAAUUUAUCAGUGUUCAAAAUGUCCAAAAAAAUUUGCUUUCAAGCAAAAAUUAAGUUUUCACCUAAAAUCGGUACAUACAACUUUAAGGGCAUAUCUUUGUGAAGAUUGUGGUGCAGAUUUUAAAAAUCCUGCAAGUUUAAGACAUCAUAGAAUCAGAAAACAUCAACCGGUUGGAAACAAGAGGGAAUGUCCUGUUUGCAAAAAAUUAGUGCCAUUUUAUAGUUUAUCUAAACACAUGCACACGCACAAAGCUUAUAGUAUUCAAUGUCCGCAUUGUGAUAAGAUGUUUAAAAAUAGCUCGACCUUAAAGCAACACGUGAGAAUUCACGAAGAUCAAAGACAAUAUCGUUGUGAUACUUGUGGAGUUGGAUUUAAUCGAAGGGAUGGUUUGAGACUGCAUAUGAAGGUGCAUGAGAAAACGGGUAGUAGAGGUUUAAAAGAAUGUUCUUGCCAAGUUUGUGGGGAAAAAUUCCCGAAUCAUUCGACUUUGGUGAUUCAUAGGAAUAGAGUGCACAAGGAUGGCAGGCAAUAUACGUGUCACAUUUGUAAUAGAUCAAUGAUUUCGACGAGAUCGCUCGAAUGGCACAUGUCACAUAUUCAUAAUGAAUCAAUGCCAGGUGUUACUCGCGAUGAGUCUGGUCCGCCAGAAAAAAAACGGGUUUCCUGUUACCACUGCAAUAAGACUUUCAAAACGGAAAUGAUACUGCGUACACACAUAAAAAACACUCAUAUGGAAAAGGAUCCAAUGAAAUGCACUGACUGCGACGAGACUUUCACAUCCGAAGUGCGUCUACGUCAUCAUAUGAUGAUUGCGCACAAUCGUCUCGAAGGCACUUUGGCGUGUCCCCACUGUCCGAAACGAUUCGUGAAUCAAUUAAGAUUAAAAACUCACAUGAUUUCUCAUUCUGAGGAAAGACCAUAUACUUGUGAGAUUUGCGGUUUCAAUUUGAAAACAAAGAUCCAACUGAUCAAACAUCAUCAAAAUCGACACAGCGACGUAAGACCCUUGCAGUGCAGAUAUUGUCCCUGGCGGUGCAAGCAGGUGAGUGCCCUCGUCUGCCAUGAACGCACGCACACCAAUGAACGUCCGUAUUCGUGCAGUGUAUGCCGACAGCGCUUCAAAUAUCUCGGCGAUAAAAAUAAGCAUGAGCGGCGUCAUGAGAGUCUUGGUGGUUCGGGCUUUAAACGCAUUGUACCCGGAAGGAAUAUCAAACCAAAAGUGCGUACUGAUGAUUCUUCUGGAUCCGAGCAGGGCUCAAUCAAGGAUUCUGUAAAUCAGCAAAACAUUCAGAUUGUUGAUGAACAAUACGGAGAGCAACAAGGAGAGCAAUAUGAACAGGAAGAACAGAUUGUCAAAUUCGAACGGGAACAGAUUGUAAAGUUUGAGGAUCCGGAAGAAUACGAACAAGUAUAUGAGCAGGAGUAUGAAGAAACUUCGAGGGAGGCAUCGGAGGCCACAGAGGUGAUUAUGAACAUAGAGGAUUCCAAUGUGUACACGGAAGAAGUUACGGCUGACAAUAUGGAAUCUAGUUCUGAAAUCAUGACAGACGAAAUUAUGACGAAUGAUAUCCUACAAUCCGGUACCGCUGUAGUGCAUUUACAACGGCAGGACGAUACGGGAAAAAUUCAAGUAAUACCCGUGAUGCUAUCCUUGCCCGAUCUGUCCGACACGAAUGCUGAAGUCAAUCUCGCAACUGCAUCUAUUGUGUAUAACAAUUAGAUUUAAUAUUGUCGGAUUAUGGAUCUUGUAUGAAUGUACUCACAUAAAAGAUCUUUGGGUCUUUAAGCCUUUAGAUCUUAUUUAGCCUCUUUAAGUGCCGAAAGAUUGAAGUUUUAGUUUUUCGAAUAUGAUGGAAUACAUAAGAAACGAUAGAAAAAUAACAGGGUUAUUUUAAUCUGAAUUUCUGGGUUUAUUUAUCCGGGAGAAAUCUGAAAGAAAAUUUGAGAAAUUCUCCAAGAUUUAAAAACAGUAUAUUUUUCUUAGACUUUCUAAGAUAUUUUUUGGAUUUAAGACAAAGGUUAUUAGACUCUGGAUUUCUUUUAAAAGUUUUCCUAAGAUUAAUUUUUAGGAAAAAUUACAAAAAGAAUCUUCAAUUUUUAUAUCCAGUGAUCCCAUCAAAAUCUAUAGGAUACAAUAGUACUUUAUAUUCUCAUUCAAACAUCUCUCAAAGAAUAAUGUCAGAGCAACUAACAAUGAACUUAUGUCAAAAGAAACAAAAAAUUGAAGAAAUCAGUUUAAGAUUCUAUUU